UAUCUUAAAAGUAAAACGGCGUGGCUAAGAUUCGCGCGGCUUUACCAGCGAUGUUCUAUAGCAAAUUGUUAAAAGCGGCCAGCGCUAUUAACAGAAGAAACUUCUCAAACGAACCUGCGCUUUGGAAGAUAGCUAACUACAGAUUCUUUGUUCCUCUACAAACAAGGUGGCGUGACACGGGGCACGACGGUAACCUCGCGGACUCUGUUUAUUACGACACAAUGAUAUCUUUGACACAAUCUUUUGUUUCUAAGUUUAACAACCCGGGACUGACUGAACAUAUUUUAACCGACAACUACUACGAAUGCAGGAACCGCCUAAGUUACCCAGAAGUUCCUCUGGUGGGGUUGGGGGUCACAGAGGUUACAGGUUCCAGAUUAAAGUUCACCGUCGGAUUUUUUAAACAAAAAUCAGACCAAUCGAGUAUCGCCACAUCACCGAUAAAUUUAGACUUGCGCGGAAGUUUAUUAGACGAUAAUGACGUUAUAACUAUCGCGGAUCACUAUGACAACGAGGCAGCAGUGCUCGGUUUCCAAGCAACCGUAAUGAAGGGUUUAGAUGAAGGCAUACCUAACGCUUUAAAGGAAGCAAUAAAAUUAAUACAAAUGAAUUGUUCGGAUUUGGAUAAAAAAUAAACAAAAAAAUGAUGAAACAAA